AUGUCGAAUGCUGGUUCAAAUGAGCUUGAUGUAACCAGGGAUCAAGAGGCAGUAAACAGGGACGAUGAUAAGUUCGAAAACACAGAUGAGGAGGACGCUCCGACUACGUCUGGAAUGCAUUACACAGUCUUUACUCGCCGUGAACGAUGGCUGAUAACCGUGAUUAUGGGUGUGGCAAUGUUCUUCUCACCCAUGACAGCAAACAUCUACUUCCCAGCCAUUCCACAGCUCUCUGCAGCUAUGCACGUUUCCCUUCAAGAUAUCAACCUCACAAUCACGGCGUAUAUUGUCCUUCAAGGAAUCAGUCCGCUUUUUGUGGGGAACAUGGCGGACAAAAUUGGCCGAAGACCAGUCUACCUUUUGACCUUUGUCGUUUACGUGGGAGCUUCGCUCGGGCUUGCCAUGAACCGGAGUUCGUAUCCCACGCUGCUUCUCUUACGCAUGCUCCAGAGUGCUGGAAGCUCUGCCACCGCAGCCAUCAGCUACGGGGUUCUGGCAGAUGUCGCGCCUCCAGCAAAACGGGGCAGUAUGCUCGGUGCCGCAAUGGUAGCAGCAAAUACCGGUCCGACCAUCGGGCCUUUGCUCGGCGGAGUAAUAACGGACCGGAUAGGUUGGCACUGGCUAUUCUGGUUUCUUACUAUUCUAGGCUCAUGCUUUCUUGUGGUCGUCGGAGUGUUCUUUCCUGAGACUUCUCGCAAAAUCGUCGACAAUGGACGAUGUGCAGCCCCGAGGUGGAAUAGACCCAUCCUCUCCCUGUUUACAACUUUCCCGAAGAAUGCAGUUCAACACUCGGAACGCGCGGUCACCUCGAAGCCCAGACUGAAGGCCAGAGUCCCAAACCCCCUGCCUUCACUCAGGAUCAUUAUGUACCGUGAUGCCAGCUUAGUGCUCUGGGUCAGUGCCAUCCAUUACAUGGUCUACUAUUGUCUACAAGCUACAAUGCCAGGAUUGUUUACCGCCGUCUACGGAUUGAACGAGCGGCAACUUGGAUUGACAUAUUGCUCAUCGGCGUUGGAGUCGCCUUGGGCGGCUUUUCGAAUGGGAAAUUCCUAG